AAACUAGGAGAUAAAAGGAGAGAAUAGUAAUGUUGUAACCUUCUGUUUUGUCCUCCAGGUGUGGCCCAGUGGUUUUUAGGAUGUGCCUGUAGGCGUCUCUGAGUGUGAAGCAGCCGUCAUGCCGUGUUCCUGUGCAGAGUGGAGGAGGUGGAUCCGCCCGCUGGUUCUAGUUGUGUACGCUCUUCUGCUGGUGGCCGUGCUGCCGCUCUGCAUCUGGGAGCUGCGGAAAGACAAGGUCGGGACUCACAGUAAAGCCUGGUUCAUAGCCGGCGUGUUCGUCUUUCUGACCAUCCCAAUCUCACUGUGGGGCAUCCUGCAGCACAUCGUGCACUACACCCAGCCUGAGCUGCAGAGGCCCAUUAUCAGGAUACUAUGGAUGGUCCCGAUCUACAGUUUGGACAGCUGGCUGGCUCUGCGGUAUCCCAGCCUGGCCAUCUACGUGGACACGUGCCGGGAGUGCUACGAGGCCUACGUCAUCUACAACUUCCUGGUGUUCCUGCUGAGCUUCCUCAGUAACCAGUACCCGAGCCUGGUGCUGAUGCUGGAGGUCCAGCAGCAGCAGCCGCACCUGCCGCCGCUCUGCUGCUGCCCGCCGUGGCCCAUGGGAGAGGUGCUGCUGUUCAGGUGUAAACUGGGAGUCCUCCAGUACACCGUGGUCAGACCUGUAACCACGGUGAUAGCACUAAUCUGUCAGCUGUGUGGAGUUUACGAUGAAGCCAACUUCAGCUUCAGAAACGCCUGGUCCUACCUGGUCAUCAUCAACAACAUAUCACAGCUGUUCGCCAUGUACUGUCUGGUGUUGCUGUACCGAGCUCUGAAAGAAGAGCUGACUCCCAUCCGGCCGGUGGGAAAGUUCCUCUGCGUCAAAUUGGUCGUGUUCGUCUCCUUCUGGCAGGCAGUUUUUAUAGCGUUCCUGGUAAAGGUCGGAGUGAUCUCCGACAAACACACCUGGGACUGGGACAGCGUGGAGGCCGUGUCUACCGGACUGCAGGACUUCAUCAUCUGCAUAGAGAUGUUCUUUGCUGCCAUCGCUCACCACUACACCUUCACCUACAAACCAUACGUACAGGAAGCAGAGGAGGGCUCGUGUCUCGACAGCUUCCUGGCCAUGUGGGAUUUCUCUGACAUCAGAGCUGAUGUCACAGAGCAGGUCCGCCAUGCAGGUCGUACGUUCCUGGGUCGGCCCAACAAGAUGUACUUCGGUGCCGUAGCUCGGCCCGAACACAGCGAGCACACGGGCCUCCUCACGGCCUCCUCCCAGGACCCCGUCGCCGUGGCAGCCACAUCCAUGCCCUCCUCCCCUUCCUCCAGCGGGCGGUACCAAGGCUUCGGCCACACGCUCGCCCCGCACUCCAUCUCCGCCCCUGCAGGGUUCACCUCCUCGUCCUGGGACGAGGACAGUGAUGGCUCGCCUCCGGAGGCAAGUGACACCCAAUAACGGGAUGACAUCACUGCCCUGCACAUGGCUUGGGUUUGGGAACUUCUUUCUUUACGUGGUACGCCCCCUUGUUUCGAUGUGCUUCAUUGCUAUGGACAAAGGAACUCUGAGUCUCUAUUAAAAUCUGAAUAAAAACAAACGUAGACUCUCGUCUACAAGUUGUGUGAAAAAGAAGCAAAUUCUCGGGUGGAUUUCACCGAAGGAAAGCAAAGGAGAGAGUCUGCACUCUGUGACGUCUAAGCCAAGUUUGUUGAGUAUUUUUAAAAAAUAAUCUAAAUGUUUGAAAUCUGUAUUUUGAUAAAUGUAUCGCCAGCUGUUGAAAGGAAAAUACAUUAGAUGUUUUCGUCAGAAGGAAAGUAGAUUGUUCUUGUGGUUUUACACUCCCACGGUGCUGAAGUGUCCUUGAGCUCUGUUUGUUCUAACUCGUACAUAAUAAAUGAACACGCCAUAUCUAAUCACCAGAAA